AUGGAAAUGACACAGCCAGUUCAAAAUUUGCUCAAGGAUCUAACGCUGGCAUCCGAGUCAGAGUUUCCCGAGAAGCUAAUGGCAAAUCUCGUUUGGAACAGAGCAAGAGGCGACCUCAUCCAUUGGAUCCCUGUCCUCAACCGAAUCGAUGAGAUCUUGGCGAAAUACAUCAUGGAGCACGACUUGGAAGACGAAUACCCAAAGUUGCGGUUAAUACCUGCACGCGAAGUUUACGUCAUCACAGCUUGUCUCUCCUUUACCAAGACCUUGUUGAAAAACUGCGCCGACCAUCUGAUUUACUCGAGCGCGGAGAGAAUUUAUGCAUUAAUCAAUACCCCUACCGUGGAUGUGAGGCUAAAGGCCUUGGAAGUUGCAGUUUUACUUGGCGAAAGGCUCACCUACAAUACAACCCCGAAAUUGUCUCCUUCUAAAGCAACCAAAACCAAAGUGUUGCAGCUUGCAAAGUCGUAUCCUCCAUUGGUGCCAAGCGACUGCGAGGAGAGGCGAGUAGAGGAGGAACGGAGCAAAGACACCAACGAUAGGGUGAGCAUAGUUGGAGACCACUACAACUUUGUCGAUACCUUGAAUCCACACAAGGCGAUACCCAAGAAAUGGAAGAGCAUCAAUUUCCAAUACUACAAAUCAGCAUUAUCGUACCAAAAGGACACUGAGUCGUCGCCACAGAAGCCGCAGGAUGCAAAGUUCGACAAGGUUGUCGUUGAAGGGAUGCAAACGUUUGCUAUCCCUGAAGAGUCGGUGGCAAAGAUGUCGUUGGAGCAGGUAUUUGCACGAGGCUCAGAGUCAAUACCGAAAAGUUCGUGGUUUGACUUUGCCAUUGCAGCCGAGAUUGCCAAGUCUUUUAACGACCAGUCGCGAGAUGCUUUCGAAUUGAGAAACAAAUUGACCCAGAUUAAAUGCUAUGCAACGGCUUUCUCGUGCAGCGUGUUGACGAACCAGGCUACCUCUUCGGAACUACUCGAGGCGGAACCUUAUAUAUUCAGCUUUUUAGUCGAUGCAGUACUGCCCGAAAAUAAAGCAAUUGUCCCUGAAGGGGUGUUUGCUGCAGCCAUGAAGACGCUCGAUUGCAUCUCGAUGAAAAAGGCCUGGGGAGGCGACAUCAUUCGAUGCAUGGGCGGCAAUGUCAGCCACGGCGUGCUAUUCCAGUGUUUGCGCCAGAUCAGGGAGCUCGUCACCACUGACCAAGCAAGCUAUAACGAGGACGCUCACAUGCCCUUUUUCAGUAUGCUCAGCAAUAUGAUCAAAACCAAAAACUUGCUUCCUUGGCUUUCUUCCGGUGGUCUCCUCGCAGAACUCACUCAGUUUUUGGGGAUAGACUCGAGGUACAAAUGGACAUGUUCAGCUGUAGCCCACUUGCUUGCCUUGUACUUGUCCUAUUCCCCUGAAUCGUUGGACUCGUUUAUUUCAAACAAUGGGUUCCCGUUACUUAUUGAGUCGAUAAGGAGGGAAGUUGCCUUACACAUUAGCCGGCCACAAUACGACAUGGCAAGACUUGGCGAAUGUCCUCAAUAUUCCACUAUCCCGAUAAGACACGUUAAUUAUUUGAAAAACUUGAUGAAGUUGGUGGCGGACUUGUUAAACUCAGACCACGGCGACAGGCUCAGAAAUCUUUUCGACUCUCCCAUUUUGGACAGCUUCAACAAAAUCGUGACCCAUCCACUGAUGUUUGGCCCGCAAAUCUUGGCAUCCACAAUCGACUCUGUCUUUUACAUCAUCCACAACGAACCUACUGCAUUUUCCAUUUUAAAUGAAGCGCUGGUGAUUGACACCAUCUUGGACAACUACGAAUCAUUGUUUCUUCCCUCGAGCCAGCUCAUAAUGUCCCUAGCCGAGGUUCUUGGAGCUAUUUCUUUGAACAAUGCCGGCUUGAAAAAGGUGAUUGACAAGCAAAGCAUUCCCAUUUUUUACAAAUCUUUUUAUAACCUCAAAAUAGCCAAAGUGCUAGUGGAAUCGGAUGACGCAACGAACCUUGGAUGUUCCUUUGACGAGUUGGGUAGACACUAUUCCUCGCUCAAACCAAUCAUUUUGCAACAGACAAUUGAGUUGGUGGAGAAAAUGCCAGCUUAUGUUGAUUGUUUGAUACAGGGAGUCCAGCUCUACACUUCCCCUGAAGGAUCGUUGUAUACUGGAAAGGAUGAUCCGACGCCCAUCGAGCAGCUGGAGCAGCAGCCUGAUGCGAAACCGAUUGAAAGCCGGACAAACGUGGAGUAUACUUUUAUGCUAGAUGCCUUGUACUUCUUCCUUGGUGGGUUAUUUCAAGACAGCGGACAAUGGGGGCCUGAUGCGAUGCAAAAGAUUGAGUUUAAAUCCUGGAUCAAAGCGCUUGCUUCAAAGAAUGCUCCUUUUGACUAUUUUCUUUCUAAUGGAUUCUCCUCGUUAUUGGGCAUUUUAAAGUAUUUUGAUGAGGAUGAUCCAGAAUAUGGCUUACCGGUGAUUAUAGAAGAGCUAGUAGCAUCUUUGCUGGGAGAGCUUGUCCUGAAAUACAUCAAUUUCCAAGGCGAGGCUUCUUUUUUCACCCAAAUUGAUGCACAACAGGCGACGGUAUUGUUGCAAGAGUUGAGCAAGAUUAACGUACUCUUGUUUGCGUUGACCGAAAUAUAUAUCAAUUUGGGACUUGUCAAUGAUAGAAUACGUCAGAUUCUCGAGUAUUAUGGGCAAAAUGAAAAGUUGGCGGAGAUGUUGUGCAAAUUUCUCCUGCGCAGCAUUGUUGAAGAGACUGUGAUAAGAAUGAACACUCCGGAUAAAGUGUUGACUUUGACGUCGACUUUCCCAAAUGACAGUCCCCCAUUGCAGGUCCAUGUUGCCGAGCCUUCUAAAAAGGAAAAAGAUUUUCCUCCCGCUGGAACAUCUGCUAAAUUCAAGAAUACGCUUCAACUCAGAAUGUUGAACUACUAUUACCAGAGCUGCAUCCCUUUAAUUUUGGCUGCCACGGUUCGAGCUUGCAUACCAAGGAGACACGAUCACCAAAUAGCCCAACUGAGACGGGCUGGCAUCGAGAUUUUGCUCUGGGUGGCACAGGGCAUCAAUGCUGCAUUUGGUCAAAAGUUCCACAACCAGUAUAUUCAGCAAUCGUACUUGCUAGGCAUGUCCAACGUUGUUCUGUACAUAUUGAGUCAAAAGGAAAGAGGCAAGGAUAUCGUGUAUUUGCCCUUUGCCAUUGCGUUGUUACAAUUUGGGUUUUACAAGAAAGUCAAUGAAGCAGCGGUUAGUCUAUGGGAUGCCCUUUUAACGAUGGACCCGCACGAUGUCGAGACGACGUCAAAUUUGAAAUAUAUUAGUGCCGCCCCCAGCAGUAUAGUGCGGAAUGCCUUGAACCAGAUGUUUAUAAUUUACGCACGGGUGGUUAAUUCCGAUACUUUGGCGUCGAUUUCCCACAUCCGAAGCUAUUUCCAUUCGGGCUAUAGUUCGAAUGUUGAAUCCGAGUUGUUAUCUUCGUUUCUUAUACAAGUUCGUGGCGAUGCUUUGGACUUGUUGGUGAAAUUGAUUCUGCCGCACUCAAAGAUAUUUGCCUCCGGUAAAGAGAGCGCCUCCAUAUCUGUCAAGAAUAUACCCACGCUGCUAGUAGACCAGCUCAUAAAAAUUGCGGGUGAGAUUUUCUCAGGCAAAAAGGAAAUCGAAAACACCGACUUUGUGCCGUUUGACCCAAAGCUCACUUGUCCGCCAGAGGAUCAGAUGGCGUACUUGAUAUCUCUCGGGAUGUCCGAAUCUCAAGCCGACCAUUACUUUGACCACCACAAAAACGUUAGUGAGCUCGGUAAAGGAAUCCCAAUGAGCUGUCCCAUCUUCCUGGAUAUAAAGGCGGCUGAUUGGAAGAAUUUCGCUGAUGAGCUCAAGUCUGAUGACGUCGACUUUAGUGUCAACCUACCACGAUUUAAGAAAGCGGCAGAAAUUGUAUCGGCGAGAAAGGAAGUUUGGUCGAUAGGAAUGUGGGUCGACAUUGCUGAAAAGUUCCCUGCUGCCACAGCUGCUGUGGCCGACUUGUUUGCCACUGUGCGGGAAAGUCAAGUGUUUGAAUAUUUGGCAGAUCGGAUUCAACCAGACCUUGCAAAGUCGAAAUUGUCGUUGUACCUUCAUUUAGUGUCGUUAAUUUUCCGGGACGGAAUAAUAGACCACGCAUUUUCUGAAAAACUCGACAAGCUUUUCGGGCCCGGUUCCAUCACUGAUGAAUCCGUCAACGAGGCCUAUUUCCCGUACCUAGUGUCGAUUUUUGAGCAAAAAGUGGUGUUUGAAGGUGUGCAUCUGGCGGAUUCACUUCUGAAAGGAGGAACAGGAGAAGACACUACAAAAAUAGUCACAGAUAUGGAGCACGUCAAGAUUGGCGUUUUCGACCAGAUUCAACGUCUCACUGAUGUGCUGAAUGGCAAAUCUGCCAACAGCUUAGCCCGGGUGCUUGCGUUGUACACCAAACACCCAGAUUACGCUCGUCGAGUCUCUGAAUUGCCCAUAUUGAGCUCGUUGAUGAAAUUCAUUGGGGAUGAAUCGGGGGACAAGCUGGCUAUAGAGUCCAUGAGGACCAGUAUGGCUUUGAUAUUCAGAGGUAGCUUUGAAACGCGAGAGGUUAUCACGCGUUACAUGAGCCAUGAAAUUGAGGUGUCUUUGGGCAGCAGGGGCUUUAAGCAAUCAAAGAACUUGCGCGCAAUGUUGAAGGACAAUUUACUGCUUGUGUUUAGAGAGCCCGAGAUUCUAACUAAUGUGGUAGCCAACCAGACAAUUAUUGAGAAUUAUGAUGGAAUUCGCCCACUUCAAGGAGAGAUCAAGAUCACUAAAGCGAAAGCACCAUCAACCGAUCCACCAGCGGACAUUGAAAUGACUGAUCUGGCCGCUACAAAUGCAAGUUCAAAUCCAAAUCCAAAUUCUGCAAAUCCAAACGCAAAUCCAAACACGGCAACUCACUCUGGCGCUAUAAUAAACUUGCUCAUGCUGGAGUUGAUGGAGGUUUCGAAAAAAGACUGGGUCUCCGAUCCGGAGAAUGCAGAAACUAAAGAAGAAGAAGAAGAGAAAAAACCAGAGGUUGACUUUUUUGCCAAUAGAAACUUCACGCACGUUUGCUUUCUUCUUCAAACCAUUGCCGAAUUGUUGGGAUCGUACAAGCAGGCCAAGUUUGAUUUUUUGACAUUUUCCAGAAAGAACCAUGGAGAGAUCAAACUCCGGACGACUUCGUUGAAUUUCUUUUUGCAUCAAUUGAUACCAACCCAUCCCUUUGAAUCUUCUGGAUCAGAGUCUGAGCGCCGUAGAGCAGUCUCGUCGCUUGCAAAGAUUGCACUAAUGAGCUUGGUUUCAUCUCCGAUCCUUGAUGUUGGCAAAGAACCCAACCCAAGGAAAGAAGAUCCCGAUCUUGCUUUGAUCCGAAGAUUUGCUGCCGAUUUGUUGAUAAAAGUGAUGAGGGACACGUCUGCUUUAAACAGUUUGGCCAAGAUUAGAUAUGGGAAGUUGUUUGAUUUGUUUGAUUUGACUGGGCUGUUGAUUUCCUCCAAAUACAGAGAGUCCCUUGGCCCGCUACUAGACAAGGAGUCCACCAAACAGGAUACUUUUUACUUGACCAAGGUGUACACUGAAAAAGAAGUACCCAAUGUUUUGACCUCGUUGGUGUCUGAGUUUGACUUGAACUAUCCUGAGAUUGAAAAAGUGGUCAAAGCUGCAUUAAAGUCGAUCACUAGCAUGGGGAAGAAUAAAGUUGAUUUCGAGCAACUAUUCACUGAGGAAGGGCAGGCUGACGCGGACGAAGAUGACAUUGUCCCCGACGAUGAGAAUGAGGAGAGGGACGAGACGCCCGAUUUGUUCCGCAAUUCCACGUUGGGUAUGUACGAUUUGGAAGUGGAUAGUGAAGACGACUUUUACGAUGAAGAAGGUGCGUUGGAAGUGGUUAUGUCGGAUGAAGAAAUCGAUAGCGAAGAUGCUUCGGACUUGUCGGCCAUUGACUCUGGGGAUGAAGAUGAGGACGACGACGGAGAAGACGAGGAAGACGAUGACGGCGAGGGCGGUGACAUUGAAAUGCACGAUCAUGUACAUGUACAUCGACAUGGACACGGACACGGACAUGGACAUCACCAUGACCAUGACAACGAAAGUUAUAGUGAAGGGUCCGAAGGAAGCCUCGACGAUAUCGAGAUCAUUGAUGAAUUGGACCUUGACUCCGCGAGCGAUCAUGAAGAGUUUUAUUCGGAUGGAGAUGAUGACGUCGUCGCAGAUAUCGCAGUUGAUGAUGACGAUGAUGGUGGCGAUGGUGAUGGUGAUGAUCCCGAUGGUUACCUGGAGGAAGAAGAUUCGAGCGACUAUGAUGAAGACGAGUUGGAUGGCUGGAUUGAGCAAUUAGAGGGAGACGAGCCUUUGAACAACGAUGAGGGCCCUGAGCACCGACCAACUUCAUCUCAUUUGCGUAGAUCGGGGGCAGGGGAGCAUUCUGAUGAUGAAGAAGAUUCAGAGGGAGAUUUCUCCGAUAUGGAGUCUCGCCUGGGCUUUGAGUUGCGGAUGGUGACGCCCGAUAAUGGAUUGCGCAGAAUAUUCAAUCAAGCUGCAUUCACGAACUUGGAUCGACAUGCAAACUCUGCAUUGUCGAUGCUUGUCGAUGGGUUGUUCCGAGAGAGAAACUUUAGAGGCUCCAUCGAGAUUCAAAAUGAAGAUGGCCGCAAUGCACCUACGAGCUUGGGCAGACUCUUUGAGAAUAUGAUGCACAUUGGACACGCUUCUGGAAAGCAAUCGGACCACAGUCAUUCUUUCCAUGUCAAAUCGACGAUAGAACGGUGGGCGGAUGCGCUCGCGAUGUUCAACCCACCAGAAAAAGACCUCAUGGUUGAAAAACUAGUGCCUGCAAUCGUUAGCAGGGUCGAGGACAAGAGCGUUGAAGCGUACAAUGCAAAGCGCGAGGAGAUUGAAAAGAUUAGGAAGGAGCGAGAGGAAAAGAGAAUGAAGGAAAUGGAAGAAGAGCGGAAACGACUUGAGGAGGAAGCCAAGCAGCGCGAAGAGAAUGCAGCUAAUGCUCCUUCCAGGGAACCCGUUUUUGUCAGGAUCGGCGAUCGUGAUGUUGAUAUCAGUGGUACCGACAUUGACCGGGAUUACAUUGAAGCAUUGCCAGAGGACAUGCGGGAAGAGGUGCUUGCGCUGUACGUUCGAGAGAGAAGAGCCAACGCGUCAACAAGCACAUCUGACUCUAGGGAGAUUGAUCCCGAUUUCUUGAAUGCGUUGCCUGGGAACAUACGAGAUGAAAUUCUUCAACAGGAAUCUUUUGCCAGGAGGUAUGCGGCAUUGGAGGAAGCUCGAGAGGAUUUCGAGGAUGCGGUUGAUAACGCCGACGAAAGAGAAUCUUCGACGACGGGAGACCGUCAAUCGAGACGUCCCAGUAUGGUUGCUGAAAAGCAGCAGCCUCGUAAAAGUGGCAAGAUUUUCUUUACCCCUCUCGUGGACAAGCAAGGUAUUGCCAGCAUUGUGAGACUUUUGUUUUCGACUUUAUCGAUCCCGCAACGUGAGCAGAUUUACCAGGCAUUGCAUUAUAUGUGCCACAGUAAGGAAAGUCGCGUGGAGAUUAUCGAUUUGAUUCUCAGCGUGUUGCAUGACGGUUUCACCACUUCGCGCCUGUUGCAGAGAGUUUACUCGCAAGUUCACAGCAGAGCAGGCGGGAAGGAUGUCAAGGUGAAAACUCCCGUUAACACCACGCCGAUCUCUGUUGGCAUUCAGCUUAUCGAGGCUGUUGACUAUUUGCUUGAACGAAGUGGCCAUUUGAGGUACUUUUUAGUGGCAGAGCAUGAAAACCAGUUUUUGGUGAAGAAGGGAGCAAAGAAGCCGCCAAAGGAGCACCGUUUCCAAAUCAAUUACCUCUUGAAAUUGUUGGAAAACAAGUUGCUUGCCGAGGAUCAAACGUUUUCAGACAUUUUGGCCAGAGUAUUGCAAGUGUCAACACGUCCGUUGGCUGGGUUUAAAAACCUUUCGGGAGGCCUGGCGCCGCCAUUUCCGGCUCCUUACGUUCCCGAUGAAAAUUUCCGUCUUAUUGUAAAGAUCUUGACGGCAAACGAUUGUUCCAACACGACAUUCCGCAGAACAAUCAGCACCAUGCAGAAUUUUUCAGUCUUGGAGAAUGCCCAAAAGUUGUUUACCAUCGAGUUGUCUGAGCAGGCUGCCGACUACGGCCGCAAGAUUAUUGCUGAUUUGAACAAGUUGACGAAUGAACUCGUCAGUGAUGGGAAAUCGAGCGCAAAAUCUUUUUCAAGUUUCAGUGCGCACUCAUCGGAUCAAGCCAAGCUUUUGAGAGUGUUGACCGCGUUGGACUACAUGUAUGAAAACAAGGAAAAAGAACAGGUUAGCGAUGGUGAGAUUGAGGAGUUGACAAAUUUGUACAGGAAGUUAUCAUUGGGAACUCUAUGGGAUGCACUUAGUGACUGCUUGCGAAUCUUGGAGAAGAAACCUGAGCUAACAAAUAUCGCAAAUGCUUUGUUGCCAUUGAUUGAAUCGCUCAUGGUUGUUUGCAAGCACGGCAAGGUCAGUGACCAAGUGAGGGACACGUCUAAAUACGAGGUGAAGAAAGUUGAUUUCACCAAGGAGCCGAUCGAGUCGUUGUUUUUCUCGUUCACCGAUGAGCACAAGAAGAUUUUGAAUCAAAUGGUGAGGGGCAAUCCUAAUUUGAUGAGUGGGCCAUUUGGAAUGUUGGUCAAGAAUCCGCGCGUUUUGGAGUUUGAUAACAAAAAGAGUUAUUUCGAUAGGAAAUUGCACACGGAUAAAAAGGAGCGCACAAAGAUGUCGAUUGAUGUGCGCCGUGACCAAGUGUUUUUGGACUCUUACCGGUCGCUUUUCUUUAAAUCCAAGGAUGAGUUUAAGAAUUCCAAGUUGGAGAUUACCUUUAAGGGAGAAUUGGGGAUUGACGCCGGCGGUGUCACUAGAGAGUGGUACCAGGUAUUGAGUCGGCAAAUGUUCAACCCGGACUAUGCAUUGUUUACCCCUGUGGUUUCCGACGAGUCCACAUUCCAUCCAAACAGAACAUCUUAUAUUAACCCUGAGCAUUUGUCAUUCUUCAAGUUUAUUGGUCGCAUCAUUGGUAAAGCGAUAUUUGAUAACUGUUACUUGGACUGCCACUUUUCUCGAGCCGUUUACAAGAGAAUCUUGGGCCAGCCGCAGUCUUUGAAAGAUAUGGAAACGUUGGAUCUCGAGUAUUACAAAUCGUUGCUUUGGAUGUUGGAGAAUGACAUCACCGAUGUCAUUACUGAAACGUUUAGUGUUGAGACGGAUGAUUAUGGAGAGCACAAGAUCAUUGACUUGAUUGAGAAUGGAAAGGACAUCCCCGUGACUGAGGAGAACAAGCAAGAUUACGUGAAGAAAGUUGUUGAGUACAAAUUGCAGACAUCGGUUGAGGAGCAAAUGGAGAACUUCCUCAUUGGGUUCCAUGAGAUUAUUCCUAAAAACUUGGUUGCCAUCUUUGAUGAAAAGGAAUUGGAGUUGUUGAUUUCGGGGUUGCCCGACAUUGACGUCAACGACUGGCAAACGCACACGCGCUACAACAACUACUCGCCCUCUUCGGAGCAGAUCCAAUGGUUCUGGCGUGCGGUCAAAUCCUUUGACAAGGAAGAAAAAGCGCGACUCAUUCAGUUCGCCACGGGGACUUCGAAGAUCCCACUUGCUGGAUGGAAGGAGGUGAAGUUUAACAUUCACCGAGACUAUGGCUCCACCGAUAGGUUGCCUUCGUCGCACACGUGUUUCAAUCAAAUUGAUUUGCCCACGUACACAGACUACGAGACUUUGAGGGGCUCUUUGUUGAUGGCAAUCACUGAAGGCCAUGAGGGUUUCGGUCUAGCAUGA